UUUCCAGACCCACAUCACAACACAUUGUUCCUUCCUUCAUUACUCUCUUUUUUUUUACAACAUCUAUUCUAUCCGGUCCAUUAGAUCAAUUAAUCUAAUUUAAAAUAAUUGUGACCGUCAGAUUUGGUCAUCUCUACCAAGAUCACCAUUAAAUCAAUAUCCAGUCCAUUAAACUGAAUAAAUCCAGCGUCAGACACUAGUGAAUAAGUUAACAAAAGAACCAAACCAACCAACCAGCUCAACGCCAGAGUGGAAGAAGAUGGAUUCGCCAUCAACGACGGAAGAUACAAAGAAAGUAGCAGUUAGGUCGUCGUUCGUCGAGUCAAUUCGCGGCUGUGGCCUCUCCGGCAUCCGUAUUGACAAAGAAGACUUGAAGAAGCAGCUCACCAUGCCUCAGUAUCUUCGCUUCGCAAUGCGUGAUUCCAUUCGUCUUCAGGAUCCCGCCGCCGGAGAGCCUCGAUACCGGAAUCGUGCUCAAGGAGAGGAUGCUGCUGUUCCUUCUUCUCCUAUGGUAGUUUUCAUUAACUCACGUAGCGGUGGACGUCACGGUCCUGCUCUUAAAGCGAGGCUCCAGCAACUCAUGAGCGAAGAACAGGUUUUUGAUUUAUCAGAUGUGAAGCCUCAUGAAUUUGUAAAGUAUGGAUUGGCCUGUUUGGAGAUGUUGGCUGCUCUUGGAGAUUCUUGUGCUAAAGAAACUCGUCAAAGACUCAGGGUUAUGGUUGCUGGAGGUGAUGGUACAGUUGGCUGGGUGUUAGGAUGUCUUACAGAACUUCGCCAGCUAGGUCGUGAACCAGUUCCUCCAAUUGGGAUCGUACCACUUGGGACUGGCAAUGAUCUCUCUAGGAGUUUUAAUUGGGGUGGUUCAUUUCCUUUUGCUUGGAGGUCAGCUAUCAAGAGAAUUCUACAAAAGGCUAGUGCUGGGCCAAUUCAUACUUUGGAUAGUUGGCGACUUUCCAUUACAAUGCCUGAAGGCACACCCGUUAAACCACCACAUUGUUUGAAGCAUGCAGAAGAGUUCACUCUUGAUCAGGGCAUACAAAUUGAGGGAGAACUGCCUGAGAAAGUUACAAGUUAUGAAGGCGUGUACUAUAAUUACUUCAGCAUAGGAAUGGAUGCCCAAGUUGCUUACGGCUUCCAUCAUCUACGCGAUGAAAAACCCUACCUUGCAAGUGGUCCAGUUGCAAAUAAGAUUAUUUAUUCUGGUUACAGUUGUACCCAGGGAUGGUUCUUCACACCUUGCACAAGUGAUCCAGGUCUAAGGGGGCUUAGAAAUAUUUUGCGGAUGCAUAUCAAAAGGGUCAAUAGCUCAGAGUGGGAGCAAGUUACAAUUCCCAAAAGUGUAAGGGCAAUAGUUGCUUUGAAUCUUCAUAGCUAUGGAAGUGGAAGAAACCCAUGGGGUAAACCGAAACCCGAAUAUUUGGAGAAGAAAGGCUUUGUUGAAGCUGAUGUAGCUGACGGGCUCUUGGAAAUAUUUGGUUUAAAGCAAGGAUGGCAUGCAUCAUUUGUCAUGGUUGAUUUGAUCAGUGCGAAGCACAUUGCUCAGGCAGCAGCUAUUCGAUUAGAACUCAGAGGUGGAGGGUGGAAAAAUGCGUACUUGCAAAUGGAUGGAGAACCUUGGAAACAGCCAAUAAGCAAGGACUUCUCGACAUUUGUGGAAAUAAAGAGGGAGCCUUUCCAGUCACUUGUGGUGGGUGGAAAGUGAUUCUGUAUAUGGUUCACUGUUGCACAGCUGGGAUUCAUAAGAAAUGUAUUAUAUGUAAUUUUAGGUAUUGGCUCACCGUUACAUGGAAUAUUUGAUACUCAAAAUCUUCCCUGUUGUUUUUAUUGUGAAAAUUCUAGUUUAUGAAUAGGGAAGAGUAAUUCUUUGAUGGUUUCCAUAAAUUCGUGGAAGGCAUGUGUAUUUAUAUUUAUAGGUUAUCCUGUGUAUUGGAGCUCAAUUAUUUAGUUUUAAGGAAUCGAUUAUUGUUGUAAAAAGAUCUUAUUCGUUUGUGAUGUCAAGGAAAUCUUGUUUUCAUCUUA